AUAGACUCCCUCACUAUUGUACCCCCAGCAUUACUAAUUAUCUCCAUCUUAAUAGCAGUUGCAUUUUUAACAGCGCUAGAACGAAAAAUUAUAGGCCACAUACAACUACGAAAAGGACCAAACAUUGUUGGCCCCCUUGGCCUACUUCAACCAUUUGCCGAUGGACUUAAACUUAUUACCAAAGAGUUAACCCUUCCCCUGCUUGCCACCCCUACCCUUUUCAUCCUGGCCCCAACAGCUGCCUUAAUACUUGCUCUCGCCAUGUGGUCCCCCCUCCCCAUACCAUCUCCGCUCGCAGACCUAAACCUUGGAUUAUUACUCUUACUCGCAAUAUCAAGCCUUAUGGUUUAUUCGUUCCUAUGAUCAGGAUGAUCAUCAAAUUCUAAAUAUGCCCUAAUGGGCGCCAUACGGGCAGUUGCUCAAACCAUCUCCUAUGAAGUAACACUAGCCAUUAUUGUCCUAUCUAUUGUCCUACUGAGUGGAGGAUUCUCACUUCACACCCUUACUGUCACACAAGAACCCCUAUACCUUGCGCUAGCUACAUGGCCCUCAAUAAUAAUAUGGUAUACUUCCACACUAGCAGAAACAAACCGCGCCCCCUUUGACUUAACAGAAGGAGAAUCGGAACUAGUAUCCGGAUUUAAUGUAGAAUACAGUGCAAGCCCUUUCGCACUUUUUUUCCUAGCUGAAUAUGCCAACAUUAUAUUAAUAAAUACACUCACCACCACCCUGUUUCUCAGCCCAUCAACCCCCACCUUCCUCCCAGCACUAUUCACCAUUGCCCUAAUAAGCAAGGCUCUCCUACUAACCAUAAGUUUCUUAUGGGUUCGAGCAUCUUACCCCCGAUUUCGUUACGACCAGCUUAUGCACCUCCUAUGAAAAAACUUCCUACCCAUAACACUAACCCUCUGCCUAUGACACUCAUCAGUGCCAAUAUCAAUGUUUGGACUACCACCAAUGACUUAG